UCAGCCAGUUGUUCGGUAAUUCGUCGUAGUCGUAACAAACGAGACUUCCGGUACCUUAGUGCUCGAAUGGCUGACUCCAAGGUUGUCAUUUCUGUCAAACCAACUUGAUAUUACCGAUGCGAGUAAAAUCAUGUAAAACGUUUACAGACCGUUUAAAAAAAAUCGUGUAAAUGCGGGUAGAUCGAUGCGUGAAUCGAGAAAUCAGGGUGUGUCCGUGGCUUUAAUGAAUGCCAAUGCAUCCAGAGAGACCGGUGUCCUCUCGAGUUUACGAGUAAACCAGAGGGUAAUCCCUAUUCUUUGCUGGGGGUGCAAAUAACAAGGGAGCAAAUAAAGCAUACCGCCGCGCCGCGCGCCGAGCCGAUCAAAUUCAGACUCGAUCAGACUCGUUUGACAGAUGCGUUUCAGAUGAUCCGAAACAUUCAACAACCAAAUCGACAUUAUGAAUUCGAGUUAGUGUGUUUUUAGUGAUGUCGUGUCGAACUUUGUACAUACGCCCAAUGCUUCUUUUCCUUUACACUUGGAACCGAAUGAAUUAUUUUCUUUCUAUUCAGAUCUAACAUACUGAUAAACUAUCAGGUUGAUGCUCGUCAGUUAGAAAAUAUCUCGUCAGAGAGUGAAAAUAAUUCCUCUUCGCUUCAAUUGUUUUCAUCGAAUUCAUUACUCAUUGUCAAAUGGUAUUCCCAGACCACUGAAAAUAAACAUUAUAUUGUAUUUGAAAGAUAUAACAUAGUUAUGGAGGAUAGUAUGAGCGUUAAGUCAAUGGAAUCAGUGGCAACAAGCGAUGAAUAUGAAUUUGUAAAUGAUAGAGGCAACGGGAAACAGCAGCAAACAUUGAUUGAACUACCAAUGUUAAAAAUUGCCAACAACGGCAAUUUGGAAGAUCUUCAGAAUAAUCUCCGCGAGGUGUUAACAGAAGACUCAAAAAUGGAAAGUAACGAGUACAAAAUUGUGAGCAGCGGACAGCAAAAUCAAGGAAAACCGAAAAAAGUAGGGCAUAGUAAAUUUUACGACGUAACUUGUUGCAUUGUUACGUCAGAGAAACAAGAUAUCAUGAAACCAGAAGAUUUUCUUGACCAAGAAGUAAAUUCUCUGGCCCAUGUACAACAAGAAUGUACUAUUUUCAAUGGUGUAACUUAUUUGGGCUCGACAGCAAUAAACGUACCAAAAUCUGAAUCCGAAAUACAACGCAAUAUGAAUAUCUUAAAUGCAGAGCAGACCCUUAAUUUAGGAAUAAAGGUUUCUGUUUCUGUGCCUAGUAGUUCUCAAGGUUCUGUUGUUUUAUACGAUGCUGCUACACAACAUCCAAUUGCACAUUACGAGGUACAACGAAUUUUGUUUUACGCACGUGGUGAAAGCACCGGUCCGUGUGCAGCAUGUUUUGCUUUUACGUGGUCUCACGGGGAUACAUUGGAAUCUGCUAUAUACCAGUGCCAUGUUUUUCGAUGCGAUAUACCCGAAGCGGUAGGACAAGUGUCUGCUUGUUUCUCUAAAGCUUUUCAUAGAAUACCGCGAUCAAUGACAAGUUCUUUAACAGGAAGCGAUUUCAAUGGUUUCAAUAUUGGAAGUGAGAAAACCAAUUCACGAGUAUUUAUUUUUGAAGUGAUAAUGGAGAUAAAAGAAGAGGAUGGAAAGGGUGGUUUUAGUACAGUUCCUAAAGAUAGAAAUUGCUUCAAGCUGAGGAGUAACGUAGCUAAACAAGUAUGUUUAAGCAUUCAGCAAGUAUCGAGCAAAGAAGGAGGAAUUACGCUUGAAGUUGAAAGGUGCUUUGGAGUUCUUGUUAGCCCUGGCCGUAACGUAAAGCACAGUGACAUGCGAUUACUUGAAAUGCAAGUGAAUGCUGGUCCAAUAGUCCAGGAUAAACAAUGUUAUAACAUAUGCGGCCACUGGGAUCCUGCAGAUCCAGCUCUAGAAGCUCUUAAUGUAGAAAUUCCUAGAGAAGGAAAAAUUUACAUGACAGUUGCGGUUGACUUAGUGAUACGCGGUAUUCGAGAACCUGUUAGAUUCAUAAUAGAAACAUCGGUUAAAGUAUUUCCACAGAACGAAAGAUUUUGGUAUUUUAAUAAACGAAAUCUUGUACAACAGUUUUAUCUUAAUUCAAAAGAGAUAAUAUCCGGGGAUGGAACGGAAGUUCACUAUGAAGUACAAAGUAUUGAAACUUCAGGGGAAUUAGACAGGAACAGAUUAAACCUUGCUCUUAAUUUAGCUUCGAUGAUUCGGUCACCAUCUUUGACCAGCAUUGACACACUAACGCCAAAGGAAGAAAUCGAUUCAGAUGGUGACGAACCAAUGUUAAGUGGUACAGGCGAGGUAUCAAAGGAUUGUUCCAGGGCUGAACUAGACAGUUGGGCGGAAGUUUUGGAAAGCUGGCAAGUUAACGAACAACGUCCAAAACUUCUGAUAAAACUUACGAAGCAGGGUAUUCCCGAAGCUCUGCGUGGGGAAGUAUGGCAACGUUUGAGUAAUUGUGAUAAUUCACAAGAAAUGAUGGAUAAAUAUAGAACUUUAAUUACCAAGGAGAGCAGUUGUGAAAGUGUUAUUUUAAGAGAUAUCAAUAGAACAUUUCCUGCCCAUGACUAUUUUAAAGAAACAGGUGGUUUGGGACAAGAUUCUUUGUAUAGAAUAAGCAAAGCAUACGCAGUCUAUGACGAAGAAGUUGGAUAUUGUCAAGGACUUAGUUUUUUAGUUGCUAGUUUAUUACUUCACAUGCCGGAGGAACAGGCUUUCUGUGUUCUGGUUAAAUUGAUGUACGACUACGGUCUGAGAGAUUUGUACAAGGAUAGAUUCGACAAUCUCCAUAUGCGAUUUUAUCAGCUCAAUAGAUUGAUCGAGGAUCAGUUGCCAGAACUUUAUAAACAUUUCUGUGAUCGUGGCGUAGAAACACACAUGUUUGCUGCACAAUGGUUUUUAACGUUAUUUACCGCCAGGUUUCCACUUUAUCUCGUUUUCCAUAUACUCGAUGUGUUCCUUUUGCAAGGGCUCGACACAUUAUUUCAGGUCGCUCUUGCAUUAUUAAUGUUAUGUAAAAAGGAACUGCUCCAAUUGGACUUUGAAAGUAUAUUAAAAUACUUCCGGGUACACUUGCCUAAACGUUGCCGAAACGAAGAAGUAUCACGCUACGUAAUGAAGUUAGCCUGCUCGGUUACUUUAAAGAAGUUGAAGAAGUACGAAGCAGAGUUUAUGACGCUAAAAGAAGCACAAGAAAAUGCGGAUGAAUACAGUAACGAGGUAGAACAGCUACGUGGUACAGUGGCGAGGAACGAGGAAGAGAAACAAAGAUUAGAAGCUGAAUUGAUUCAGAUUAAAGAGAUGUUGCAACGGGAAGUGACUAGAGCAGAUUCGGAAAGUCGACGAAGUAAUAUUAUCAUUGCUGAAUACAAACAGAUUUGCCAACGUUUAGAGGAUGAUUAUAAUGCUGCCAAAACAACACUGAGCGAGUUACGGUCUAAAGUUUCCAAGUGCGAAAAAUGUAGGAGUUGCAUAAUGGAUUCGUCCAACAUAUUGGCAGACAUUGCACAUCCUUUGGAAAACAGGAUAGACCCUAUGUUGCACAGAGUGCAGGAAAGGGUACGAGAAUUGGAAUUGGAAUUGGCCCAAACUAAGCUCGCUCACGUUGAGGCCGAAUGUAGAAAUCAGGACUUGACGCAUCAGUUACACGCCACUGCCUCUGAACUUCAAGCGGCAAGAAAUAGCUGGCCAUGGCUUAGCAAAACGCUAUCGAGUAUAAAAGAAGCGGCUAAUAAGAGGGAAGUAAUCGGUCCAUCCUUGAUUAAAGAUUUGAGACGAGACAGCGCACCUGGAGGUGAAAUGCAUCACCUGAUACAUUCCCGUAAUCGCGAUACUCGCGAUAAUCUCAAAGAAAUUGUGUGAUGCAGAAAAGCGUUGGAAGAAGAACUUGUACGUUACAAGAAAGAGACUUAUGUCAGACACAAUUUUGAAUACACAAUGUACGUCCAUGAUUACAUGAUGUAGUAUUCUAUUCAUUGUCAGUCUGUACUAUUCGUCGCGUGCUUUUAGCGAGGGCAGCUUUAUCCUACGACACUGAUAUUGAUCUUGAGAUAUUACUUGUUUAAGUUUGUUUUUUUUUUUUUUUUUUUACUAUACUCAUUUUCUCCUCUCUUUAUUUUUUUAAACUUAAAUUCGGUACGUAUCUUAUUGUUAGUGAUAUUAUUUGACAGCUAAGUUUCGUGCUUUACACAGUGGUUCUAUUUCAAACGAUUGAUUCAGAGAUAAUGGGUAUAGAAAAAAGAAAUCCAAAAAACGUUAAAAUAGAUAUUAGCGAUAAGUUCACUACGUUUUGUAUGAAACUAGUCUAAGAUGUGGAAAACUAAAAGUGCUAUAAGAUCUACUGUACAUAAAUGGUACUCUCAGGCAACUAACAAACGUAACAUACUCCAGAUAUUGAAGAUUUCAUGUUCAGCGAACCGUGACAAGUGUGGAUCGUGUGUAUCCGCAAUUUCAUUUUACUUUUUCUACCAAUUUAUUACAACGACAUUCCAAAAGCACAUGACCGCGUUCCUUUUUUUUAUUCGAAUAACGUGUUAUUUUAAUUAAAGAUAUCGAGGAUUUAUCAAGCUAAAUGACGUACACGUUUUCAUAACUAAUUAAGUCACCGCGAGUAACGCUAAAUUAAUGGCAAGAAAAAGAAACAUCACAUUGUACAACUUUUAUGUUCGACUAUUUCGUAAUGAUCUUAAUAAUCAUUUGAAAUGUUUUUUAUAAAGCAUAACAGCUUUAAUGAUAUAGGUAGUGUAAUAUAAGACUAGUUGUAAUCUUUUUCCGAUAGUUUGAUUUUCUAUGUUUGAAAAUUCAUAAAUGACACGUACAAAACGUCAGGCUCAAAAAGCAUAUUUAAUUGCCAUUUGUGUUUUGUUUUGAUCAAAUUUACAUACAAGUGUGUAUGUAGGAAGUUAGACGUAAAGCCAUAAAUUAUGUUAAGGCACGAACAAUGAAAUGAACGCUUUGAAAGUAUAUUUUAGAUUGCUAAACGUAGCUUCGUAAUUAGUAGUAGUGCCAUUCAUUCGACAAAACAAAAAAACCGAUACCGUAGAGUUAUCAACGAUUAAUAAAUAAAUAUCGUGCCAUUAUUUUGCAUCGUACACGUUACGGAAGAGAUUGCUGACGAUCAUUUCUUUCCUCUUUUCUAUCAUUUCUUCUCUGAAGAUGAUAAAUUAUUUAAUUUAGAAUCGGUUUUAUAAUUAACAAACACAUAGACACACACGUGCGCGCGCGAUGAAAGGCAAAGUUUCACCUUAGAGACUCGUACAGUAGUUAAUAAUAAAGAAUAAUAAUAAUUAUUAUACGUCUUAUACGAAAUAAAGGAUAAUAUACUUUUUUUCUGUAAAUACUAAAGAAACAAAUAUCUUAUCAGAGGCAAACUUACUAACAAGUCAUGUAAAGAUUUAGAAUUAUUACAUAUGUAUCACUGUACACCUUGUAAUGUCAUUCCACUAUUAAUGAAAUAAAGAAGGAUAUCAUAUCUGUCUAUUUCA